UUGCAGAACCAAGGAAUGGAUGCUUACAAAUAUCAGGACAACUAUGAGGGCUAUGCCCACACUGAUGGCUACUAUCCCGGCAAUGAGUCCAACCCGGACGAGGAUGCACAGAGUGAUGUUACCGAAGGCCAUGACGAGGAGGAUGAGAUCUAUGAGGGGGAGUACCAGGGCAUCCCUCACCCGGAUGAUGUCAAGACCAAGAAGUCCAAGAUGGCGUCCUCCAGGGAGGAUGACCUUCGGGGCCAGGCAGACCUGAUGGCUGAAAGGAUGGAAGAUGAGGAGCAGUUGGCUCAUCAGUAUGAGACCAUCAUGGACGAGUGUGGCCACGGGCGUUUCCAGUGGAUCCUCUUCUUCGUCUUGGGUUUGGCCCUGAUGGCUGAUGGGGUGGAGGUGUUUGUGGUGAGUUUUGCCCUGCCUAGUGCGGAGAAGGACAUGUGUCUGUCCAGUUCCAAGAAAGGAAUGCUUGGAAUGAUAGUCUACCUCGGAAUGAUGUCGGGGGCCUUCGUCCUGGGGGGCCUGGCGGAUAAGCUGGGGAGAAAGAGAGUCCUCAGCAUGUCUCUGGCCCUCAACGCCUCCUUCGCCUCCAUCUCCUCCUUCGUGCAGGGUUAUGGAGCCUUCCUCUUCUGCCGACUCAUCUCAGGCAUCGGUAUUGGUGGAGCUCUGCCCAUCGUGUUUGCCUAUUUCUCUGAAUUCUUGUCUCGGGAGAAGCGCGGGGAGCACCUCAGUUGGCUGGGCAUCUUCUGGAUGACCGGGGGCAUCUAUGCGUCUGCCAUGGCUUGGAGCAUCAUUCCGCACUAUGGCUGGGGCUUCAGCAUGGGCACCCACUACCACUACCACAGCUGGAGGGUGUUUGUCAUCGUCUGCGCGCUGCCCUGCACCGUGUCCUUGGUGGCCCUGAGGUUCAUGCCCGAGAGCCCACGGUUUCUGCUGGAGAUGGGAAAACAUGACGAAGCCUGGAUGAUUCUCAAGCAAGUCCAUGACACCAACAUGAGAGCUAAGGGGACCCCGGAGAAGGUGUUCACGGUUUCCCACAUCAAGACCCCCAAGCAAAUGGAUGAGUUCUUUGAGAUCCAAAACGCAACGGGAACUUGGUACCAGCGCUGCCUGGUCAGAUUCAAGACCACGUUCAAGCAGGUCUGGGAUAAUGCUCAGUACUGCCUGCUGGGACCUUACAGGAUGAACACGCUGAUUCUGGCCGUGGUCUGGUUCACUAUGGCUUUAAGUUACUACGGCCUGACCGUUUGGUUCCCCGACAUGAUCCGGUACUUCCAAGAGGAAGAAUACAAGUCCAAGAUGAAGGUGUUUUUCGGCGAGCACGUGUUCGGCGCCACCAUCAACUUCACGAUGGAAAACCAGAUCCACCAGCACGGCAAGCUUGUGAAUGACAAGUUUACAAAGAUGUACUUCAAGCAUGUUCUCUUUGAAGACACGUUCUUUGAUGAGUGCUAUUUUGAAGAUGUUACAUCCACGGAUACCUAUUUCAAAAACUGCACCAUUGAAUCCACCAUCUUCUAUAACACAGACCUCUACGAGCAUAAGUUCAUCGACUGUCGCUUUAUCAACUCGACCUUCCUGGAGCAGAAGGAGGGCUGCCACAUGGACUUGGAGCAAGACAACGACUUCCUGAUUUACCUGGUCAGCUUCCUGGGCAGCCUGUCUGUCCUGCCUGGGAACAUCAUCUCCGCCCUCCUCAUGGACAGGAUCGGGAGGCUCAAGAUGAUCGGGGGCUCCAUGCUGAUUUCCGCGGCCUGCUGCUUCUUCCUGUUUUUCGGCAACAGCGAGUCUGCGAUGAUCGGCUGGCAGUGCCUGUUCUGCGGGGCCAGCAUCGCGGCCUGGAACGCUCUGGACGUGGUCACCGUGGAGCUGUACCCCACCACCCAUAGGGCAACUGCCUUUGGCAUCCUCAAUGGAUUAUGCAAAUUUGGAGCCAUCCUGGGAAACACUAUCUUUGCUUCCUUUGUUGGGAUCACCAAAGUGGUCCCCAUCCUUCUGGCUGCCACUUCUCUCGUUGGGGGCGGCCUGAUUGCUCUUCGGCUGCCAGAGACCCGAGAGCAGGUGCUGAUGUGA